CCCUCUCCUCCUUCUCCUGCUGGCGCCCGCCCCCUGUUCCUCCUUCCCUCCCUGCCGCGCCGGCGAGACCGCGAGAGCGGCGCCCGCCCCGCCAGGGCGAGGGGAGGCGGCGCAGCCCGCGGGCAGGAAGCUGGAUGAGGACGUGUGUGCGGGCGAGGCAGCCCCUCGGGCAUGAAGGGGACCGCGGGGACACUGCCCUGCCCUGCAGCCGAGCGGGGACAUCAGAGGAGAAGGAUCAAGUGUCCCUGCAAGUGUCGGCGUCUUUAAUGGCCACAUCCUCCUCUUCUGUGAAAUCGACCUGCCUGCUUGUGUCAGUUUAGGAAGACACCUGCCUUCAGAUGGUACAGAACUCACUGACAGUUGCUCUUGCUUCAGUCCUACUUCAUGAGAGCUUCAGAAGUUACUAACUGAGCAGAUGGUACGUGAACAAUACACGACAACGACACCAGGCACGAGCCUAGAAAGGCCGAAGAAUGAGUAUAUCUACAAAAUUGGAAUUUAUGGCUGGAGAAAGCGUUGUCUCUACCUGUUUGUUCUCCUCCUGCUUAUCAUCCUAGUUGUGAAUUUUUCUUUGACAAUUUGGAUUCUUAAAGUGAUGUGGUUUUCGCCAACUGGAAUGGGACACCUGCGUGUUACGAAAGAAGGCCUUCGACUGGAAGGGGAGUCUGAAUUCCUGUUCCCUCUUUAUGCCAAAGAAAUCCAUUCAAGAGUGGACUCUUCACUGCUUCUCCAGUCUACUCACAAUGUGACCGUGAAUGCUCGCAAUUCAAACGGGGAAGUCACAGGCAGAUUAAAUGUGGGUCCUAAAAUGGUAGAAUUCCACAGUCAGCAAUUUCAGAUCAACUCAAAGGAUGGAAAGCCACUUUUUACUGUGGAUGAAAAUGAAGUUGUAAUUGGCACAGAUAAGCUUCGAGUCACAGGCCCUGAAGGAGCACUUUUUGAACAUUCUGUAGAAACACCACUUGUGAAAGCAGAAGCUUUUAAACAGCUUAGGCUGGAAUCACCAACUCGAUCUUUGAGCAUGGAUGCACCACGAGGAAUUAAUAUCAAAGCACAAGCUGGGAAUAUUGAAGCCCUUUCCCAGAUGGAUAUCAAACUACACAGCAGUGAUGGCGUGCUUUUGCUCGAUGCCGAAACCGUGCGCCUGCCCAAGCUGCCCGAGGGUGCGAGGGGUGGAUCCGGGAUUUCCCAGGGGCUCUAUGAAAUCUGCGUGUGCCCAGAUGGAAAGCUCUACUUGUCAGUGGCCGGCGUGGGCUCCACUUGCCAGGAGUACAGCCGGGUCUGCCAGUGAGGCACCCGAACAGGCUGCACGCCCCUCGCGCAUCCGAGUUUUGUAUUACUCCUAAAGGCCGUUACUGAAAGCGUAUUUUUCAGCAUUUUAAAAACAAAGUACUUACAAUUUAGGAAACAAAUCUGCAUCUACAGUUCUGGAAUACAGGGUGUAAGGGGAAGAAGAGCACAAACGACAUUUUCACUUCAGAAGAAUGACUUGAAUCUAAUUAAGUUUUGUCAGUAACACUUGGAAAACAGCCUUACAGAGAGCAUAAAAAAAUAAAACAAAUAUGUUUCCUUGCUGAACUAUUAUUCAGAUGAUUAUGUCAUUGUUCAUAUUUUUGAGAUCCGUGGGUUUUUCCUCUCGCUACAUGUAAAACACUUACUGUAUUAGUGGGUGAAAUUAAAUUGAGGGAACUACUUGAAUUAUUUGUAAGACAAAGCAUUAUUUGGAGAAUUCAGAAAGUGCCAGCAAAUGGUCUAUGCAAUUUUGUUCUUGCAAUAACACAAGAUAGAAAAACGUGGUAUUUGUAUAAGUUCUGUGUAAAAUAUGUUAAUUUGCUAAUAGCUUUCUAUUUUAAUUUGGCAACACAUAUGCUGAUUUGCUUCUUACUGGGAUUAAUAUAAAAAUAACUAAUGCAAAAUGCUCCAGAAGUCAUGAAGGCCUCUCUGUGUCUCAAAUCCCUUCACUAUACAACAGUGAAAUAUAUUAUUAUGUUUUAUAAUAGCAAUUGUUUGUUCUACUGCCUGUACCAUCAUAUUCAUUUUAAUCCUUUUUUAUUUUAGCACAUGCUAAUUCAACAAGGCAAUCUGUUGUGCCAGCUGGACUAGUAAAAAGAAAAAAACAAGUGUCUUCAGAUUGUCUGGCACAAGGAACUAUUUGGGCAGUGGGAAAAAAUCCUUUUAUGCAGCCCACAGAUUUCAAUUAAGAGGAAUAUUUCAUUUCCAUCUGCACCUGUUGACUGCUAUUUCUGAUCCUGUCGGAGUGGGACUCUAUCACAAACAGAGAGAGUAAAACUGUUAUUACUUUUUACAUUAGGACUUUGGAUACAAAAUAAAUGCUCACCAGAGCUGACAAACCAUUUAUUGGUCUUGUAAAGAAACACAACUGCAGACCUGUUCCCCUGUAUGGUGUUGCACUGAACACAAAUAAAUCGUUUGCACACCUCUGGGUAGCAAGAUUUGUAUUUAGUAGUCUGUUGUUUAAACCUCAUGGGUUUUUAAUUCCUUUGAUGCCGUUUUGUAUAUACCUUAUGAUUUUACUAUCCAGGAAGGAGCUAUCACACAGUGCCUUGGUGUCUAUUUACAGAAGGAUUCUAACCCAUAGUGUUAAUAAACCACAAAUACCCAUCUUUGGAAAAACAUAUUCAUCAUCCUUAAAAUAGAAUUAGAAUCAGGACAAAAUAACUACUAACUUUUUAAAACCUUGCUACUUUGGCUCUGGUGAACAUAGGAAGAAAACCAACACUCAUAUGAGACCUCCAGGUACAUUCAAAAACCUGAGCUGAGAAAGAAUUCCUGUUGGUAUUUUACCAAUAUUGUGGUAAAGCC